ACAUUUGUGCAUGAAAUAACUAAAUGACAGUUAUUCUGAUCUUUUCUAGUUCCAUAAUUCAAAUUUAAUUGUUGUUUUGUCUAGAGAAUUACUCAAAUAUGGCAAGAGUCUAUGCUGAUCCAUCUAGAGUUACUAUGGAAGAUAUCCUACAAGAAACAGGUUGGGGACUCUACUACAAAGUUUUGAUAGGAGUUGUUUCUGCAUGCAGCUUUUGUCAGGCAGUAGCUCUCGUAUCUUUGUCUUUUGCUUUACCAUUAGGAACUUGCGAUCCUUUUAUAAAUGAGGCCACCAUCCUGACUGUAGACAUGUGCUUCUUUUUUGGAAAAGCCAUUGGAGGUUUUCUUUUGAACACCGCAUCAGAUGUGACUGGAAGACUAUGGUUAUUACCUAAUAGUCUGAUGAUGGUAUUCUGCAGUACAUUUUUAGCAGCUUUUGCCCAUACUGGCUCUACAUUAUCUGUGGCGAUGUUCAUUUUAGGUUCUGGAUUGGAAGCUAAUACCCACGCCUCAAGAAUACAUCUUGCUGAAAUUUUGCCUAAACAUACGAGAGGUAGACAUCUCAUGACACCUUCCUUCUUUUGGACCCUUGGUUACUUGUUUGCUAUAGCAUCAGCAUGGAAAUUGUCUCAUCAUGCAGUUGUUGAUCAUAGGGGAAGUGAUAUGAGAUUGACUGCUUGGAGGUUGAUGUUUGCUGUCGCUGGAGGUUGUAACAUUAUAGUGGCUUGUGUUACAGCACUCGUUCAGCCUAGUCCACGAUACAGACUCUUUCGGAAACAGUUCGACCUUGCACAGUCGUCCCUCAAGUUAUUCUAUGCUAUCAAUAAGUCCAAGUAUAGUGAGACAUGGCCACACAGAGAGGAAGACCUUAAAGAUAUUAUUUCUGAUUUCCAAAUAAACACAGAGCCGCAGCCAUUGAACUGUGGUGAACAGAUUCGACUGCUAUUACGUCGUAUGUUUAAAACAGUCUGUUUGUUGUUCAAAAGAAGGUUCAUCUCUACCACCGUCACGUUGAUCAUAAUGAGGAUAUUUCUUUUCAAUGGAAUUGUUCCUGUUCAUUUGAUGCUUAGUAAGGCACUCAUGAUGCGAAAUGAAACCUGCGAAGUCAUUGGUCAUGAAAUAUUACAUCUUUUUCCGCCUGUGGGACAGAAAUGUAUUCUAGUAGCAGAUAUGAUGUUGUUUGUCAUUUUCAUGUUUUUGGCUUUGAAUAUCCUCAUCGGACAAAUCAUCGUAUUCAUCACAAUCGACAAACUUGGAAGAGUGUUCACGUUAGUCGUUGGCUUGGUAACGUGCUCGAUGUCUGCCUACAGCAUAUCUUACUGGGAUAUGCAAUUGACUUUCUGGAUACAGGGAGGAUUUUAUGUCAAAUGCGUGCUGUGUUCCAUUUUUCUUGGCGGAUUUUCUGUCACUCUGCACGUCUUGGAUAUACUGGAAGUCGAAGCUUAUCCAACUGCUGCCAGAGGAGCUGCAGCUGGUGUAAUCAAUUUCUACCCGAAUUUUAUAUUUUGUGUUGUCUGUACUUUAUGGUAUAUGCCUUGCCAGUUGACCUAUAUUGCUCUUGGAUUGACAGUAUCAGCUGCAGUUGUGCUCACCUACUUCCUUCCAGAACUGAAAAAACAUCCUAUGGUUGAAUAGGAAAUAGCAUAUCAUGACUAUCAAUUUCACAAUUUAGAACGACAUAAAUAUUAUUUUCACCAA